CUCCCUCCCCCGUCCCAUCACAUAGGCGUUGCCUCGUCGAGUGAAUUCCUCUGAACUUUCCUCACUUCUCCCCUGCUCUCCCUCCCGAGUCACACUUUCCUACUCACUCGUCCAGUCGCACGUCACUCUGCAGCCAUGCCUUCUGAACUGGAGACAAGCAUGGAGUCCCUCAUCAAGGUGUUCCACCGCUACGCCGACUCCGACGGUGAUGGGAAGACCCUGAGCAGGAAAGAACUCAGAAAACUCAUGGAGACGGAGCUACCCAACUUCCUGAAGGUAGAGAUCUGUUUGUCCUGUCCUGUCAAUCUGCAGCAUGCCAUUUAUUCAUCCAUCCAUCCAUUAUCCAAACCGCUUAUCCUGCUGUCAGGGUCGCAGGGAUGCUGGAGCCUAUCCCAGCAGUCACUGGGCGGCAGGCGAGGAGACACCCAGGACAGGCCGCCAGGCCAUCACAGGGCCACUUAUUCGGUGGACUUUGAGGAAUUUGUGUCCCUCGUCGUCGGCCUCUCGGUUGCCUGUGAGCAGUGUUACCGGCUCCACAUGAAGGCCGCGAAACACUGAGGGGGCGACCGCAGGAGGAAAUGGAUGGGGGGGGGGAGAUUUGGAAUGUGAAGUGGCUUGGAAAUGUGUAUGCCUUUAUAAGUAAAGACAAGCUUUUUUUUGCCAAGACUUUAACCUACCUUUGUACAACUGCUGAUUUUGUUUUUCAUCAAAAUAUUUGGGUGCUGUUGGGCAGAUGUGAUUAUAUGUUAGUUCAGACUUGUGAAUAAAGUACAAAAUGCCAAGGCCUUAAAGGAAAAGGGGAGAAAUGUGAGUUCUUUUCGAUACGGGGUAGGUGUUUCGUGAAGAGGUGAGAGUCGGAAUCGCUUUGUUUGACUUGAGCCACCCAUCUGCUGCGCUUUUAUCGCAUACUUGUGUAAAACAGAAAUAUUAACAAGAAUAAAACCCGUACCGAUGGGUACACACCGGAUGCGGGUUUGACACAGGUCUCUAACAUAGAUUUGACCCAUACACGUUCCCAUUGACAAUACUGGUCAUAUGCUAAUUCUGCCACGCUUAAAUAAACGUGUGUCAUGUGAAAAA